UCCGGAGAUAGGGUAAAACGGCUUCGAACAGAAACAACAUACGUGCAUAGCAGUCGAUCUCUAUAUACAUCUCCGAUCCUCUUUUUUUUCAUUUCUCUCCAUCUCUGUUCAGUCUCUUUUCUCCAUCUCUCUAUCUUUAUUUCUCUCAGGGUGGUACAAAAUGGCAGAACUUUCCAAAGUCAUCCACGUACGCAAUGUGGGGCAUGAAAUUUCUGAAAAUGAUUUGCUUCAGUUAUUCCAGCCAUUUGGGAUCAUAACAAAACUUGUUAUGCUUCGUGCUAAAAAUCAGGCUCUCCUCCAAAUGCAAGAUGUUGCUUCAGCCAUGAAUGCUCUGCAAUUCUACUCAAAUGUCCAGCCAACCAUAAGGGGUAGAAAUGUUUAUGUCCAAUUCUCAUCGCAUCAGGAACUAACCACAAUGGAUCAAAAUUCUCAAGGACGAGGAGAUGAGCCAAAUCGCAUUCUUUUAGUUACAAUCCAUCACAUGCUAUAUCCUAUUACUGUGGAAGUGCUGCAUCAAGUUUUUUCUCCCCAUGGAUUUGUGGAGAAGAUCGUCACAUUUCAGAAGUCGGCUGGUUUUCAAGCUCUUAUUCAGUAUCAGUUGCGCCAGAGUGCUGUUGCAGCUAGGACUUCUCUUCAGGGACGGAAUAUUUAUGAUGGUUGCUGUCAGCUGGACAUUCAGUUUUCAAACUUGGAUGAGUUGCAAGUGAACUACAAUAACGAUCGAUCAAGGGAUUUCACUAACCCACAUCUACCUUCUGAACAGAAAGGCAGAUCUUCACAGCAGGCUGGAUAUGGUGAUGUAGGAGUUGCAUAUCCACAGGUGGGUAUUGCUCAGGUCGCGAUGGCGAAUGCAGCUGCAAUUGCUGCUGCCUUUGGUGGAGGUUUGCCUCCUGGAAUUAGUGGGACGAAUGAUAGGUGUACAGUCCUUGUAUCCAAUUUAAAUCCUGAUAGAAUAGAUGAAGAUAAGCUUUUUAACCUGUUUUCCCUCUAUGGAAACAUUGUGAGGAUUAAGCUUCUCCACAAUAAACCAGAUCAUGCACUUGUUCAGAUGGGGGAUGGUUUUCAGGCUGAAUUGGCGGUUCAUUUCCUGAAGGGUGCAAUGCUUUUCGGGAAGCGGCUGGAGGUUAACUUUUCUAAGCAUCCAAACAUAACUCAAGGUGCUGAUACACAUGAGUACAGCAACUCCAAUCUCAAUCGCUUCAACCGAAAUGCUGCAAAGAACUACAAGUACUGCUGCUCACCAACAAAGAUGAUCCACCUUUCCACUCUUCCUCAGGACAUCACUGAAGAGGAGAUAGUGAGCCAUUUGGAGGAUCAUGGUGCCAUUGUCAACACUAAACUCUUUGAGAUGAAUGGGAAGAAGCAGGCCCUUGUUCUGUUUGAAACUGAGGAGCAGGCCACUGAAGCCCUCGUGUGCAAACAUGCGAGUUCACUUGCUGGGUCAAUAAUCCGGAUUUCCUUCUCCCAGCUACAAUCAAUUAGAGAAACCUCAUAGAAGGUAAUUGCAGUUAUGAAUAGACUUUUUAAGGACUCUUGGUAGUCAGUGAUAUUUAAUCUGAUGUAUUGGUGAUGUGCUGUUAUGCGUUGCUUUCUCUUCUCCUGUAACAGUUCACUGCUUUGAUACUGGAUGGAUUCUGCUUUUGGUUUUUAUUAUCCUCCUUUAACCUCUAA